CGCGUGGCCGAACAAACGAAUAGCUUCCAUGCGCAAGAAGAGAUAAGGCGAACCGCGAACGGAUGUUGUUGCCCUGCUCCCCCCGCUGCUGCCUUCCUAAUCCUAUCCAGCCCAUGGCGACUGCUAGGCUGCUUCUCCCGCUCGCUUUCACCUCCUUGCCUCGUCACCUGACUCCUACCCUCCGGCGGCCCGUCGUCUGCAAGGCCAAGGACGCCGGCAGCGGCAGCGGCAGCGGCAGCGGCGGGGGCAUCGAGAUAGCGGCGGGGAUUGGGGGCCUUCUUUCCUGCCCGGUGAUUGGAAUUUCCCUCUACGCGCUUAAGACGACCGGGUGCGGGCUUCCGCCGGGACCCGGCGGCUCGUUUGGGGCGGCGGAGGGAGUGAGCUACCUGGUGGUGGCCGGAAUCGUCGGGUGGUCCCUCUACACCAAGGCGAAGACCGGAUCGGGGCUGCCGGCGGGGCCCUACGGCCUGCUCGGGGCGGCGGAAGGGCUCUCUUACCUCGCCUUGCUCGCCGUCGUGGUCGUCUUUGGCUUGCAGUUCUUGGAACGGGGGUACAUUCCCGGGCCCCUUCCAGGCGAACAGUGCUUCGGCUGAACUAAACCAUUCUCCCUCAUCUCUUUUUCUGUACUUUGGUCGAUUGAUGCUUCGAUAUGUUUAUAUUUGAUCAUCAUUUUGUAAACAAUGGAUCGUCUUGUACUAGAUUGCUUAUAAUGUUUUCAGAAGGCUAUUUGUUUAA